CAUGUGUGUUCAGCAGAAACGGCAACGGUGAACUCUUAUGUCAACAUCAUCAUAUGGCUGUUACCUACAUUGGCUGUUUACGUUUUCUUAUUCAUUUGUUAUAAAGUGUACAUAUUUAGUUUUGUUAGGUCAAAAUCAAGUUAACCAUGAAUUUAGUUAAGAAUAUUAAAUUAGGUAAACAGUUAAGAACUUUCGCAAGAUGUUAUUCAGACCAAUUUCCGAAACUCACCACACAUUAUACAGUGUGUCCAAGAGAAAACGAUCCAAGAUGGAAAGAGGUAAAUAUGGAACGUUUUUCGGAUGAAACGGACAUUCUAAUAAUAGGAGGAGGUCCUGCGGGUCUGAGCGCCGCAAUCAGAGCCAAACAAUUAGCAGAUAAAGACGGCAAAGAACUGAAAGUAACCGUCGUGGAAAAAGCCUCCGAAGUCGGUGGUCACAUAUUAUCAGGUGCAGUAAUACAACCAACUGCCUUGGACGAACUCAUACCCAACUGGAAGGAAUUGGUUGAACCCAAUUUGCUCACUCCAGUUAAAGAGGAUAAGUUCGGAUUCUUGACAGAAACGGGAAGGAUCUCAAUUCCAGUUUUGCCUGGUACUCCUAUGUACAAUCACGGCAACUACAUCGUGAGAUUGGGACACGUUGUCAGGUGGUUGGGCGAGCAAGCUGAAGCUUUGGGUGUCGAGAUAUAUCCGGGUUAUGCCGCUUCUGAGGUUUUAUAUCAUGAAGACGGUAGCGUCAAAGGUGUGGCGACUAACGAUGUAGGUAUCGCUAAAGAUGGUAGUCCAAAGGACAGUUUUGAAAGAGGCAUGGAAUUACAUGCGAAAUGCACGAUCUUCUCUGAAGGUUGUCAUGGACAUCUCACCAAAGGGCUCAUCAGGAAGUUCAACCUUAGAGACGCAGCUCAUCCACAAACUUAUGGAUUAGGUAUCAAAGAACUGUGGGAAGUCGAUCCAUCUCAACACAGUCCUGGUAGGGUGGAACACACAUUUGGUUGGCCCCUUGACAUCCACACUUAUGGUGGCUCCUUCUUGUACCAUUUAGACCAGCCAACUCCAACAAUUGCAGUAGGCUUCGUAGUCGGUUUGGACUAUUCAAAUCCCUACUUGAGUCCUUUCCGCGAGUUCCAAAGAUUCAAACAUCAUCCAUCAGUGAAGCACUAUUUUGAGAACGGCAAACGUGUGGCGUACGGUGCCAGAGCUUUGGUCGAAGGUGGAUUCCAAAGCAUCCCAAAAUUGACUUUCCCCGGCGGUUGUCUUAUAGGAGAUACAGCCGGAUUCCUCAACGUGCCCAAGAUCAAGGGAACGCACAACGCUAUGAAGAGUGGAAUUUUAGCUGCCGAAAGUGUGUACGAAACCAUAAACGGGGAAAGCCAGUCCACGGCAGGUUUCGAACCAAAAUCCUACGAAGAUAAGUUUAAGAGCAGCUGGAUUUACAAAGAACUGAAAGCUGUAAGGAACAUCAGACCAAGUUUCCACAAUCCUUUAGGAUUGUAUGGAGGGCUGGCGUAUAGUGCUUUCUCCAUUGUAAUCGGAGGACGUGAACCAUGGACCUUGAAACACGGAGACCCUGACAAUGCAAGAUUAAAACCAGCCAAAGACUGUAAACCCAUCGACUACCCCAAACCAGACGGAAAAAUCAGCUUCGACCUCCUGACAUCCGUGGCUCUCACCGGAACGAAUCAUGAAGGCGAUCAACCGGCCCAUUUGACCCUCAAAGACGACACUGUUCCCGUCAAAACCAACUUGAAUCUUUACGACGGUCCAGAGGGUAGAUUUUGCCCUGCUGGCGUCUACGAAUUUGUACCAGUCGAAAGUGGCGAUGGGAAAAAGUUGCAAAUCAACGCACAGAACUGCAUCCACUGCAAGACUUGUGAUAUCAAGGAUCCCACGCAGAAUAUCAACUGGGUUGUACCAGAAGGUGGCGGCGGACCUGCUUACAAUGGAAUGUAAUUUUUUGGCUGAAAUUUUGUUUAGAUUUACGACCAGUUUCAAACAUUGAUUACGUAUUUAUUGUUUUGUUGUUUAUUAUAAGUGACUACAACAAUUUUUGUAUAUAAUAUAUACACAUUUUUUGUAUUUUAUUAAAACGACUUUUACUACA